ACGCGCAAUUAAUUUCCCUAGAUUUGAUUGGUGAGAGCUCCCUGGCUCCCUGAAUCUCAUGACUUGUCUCACUGGCACAUACAUAAACGAAUCACGUCGCAAAACUCAGAACGAGUGCCGUCCGGCUGAAUCGGGAGCAGAAUUGCCAAGAUGAGUAAUAUGCAAGUGAAGAACAUGUCCUUCGAGGCCGGGAAAGAGCUGAAGGUCACCGGCGUGCCCAAAUCUGAUGCUUGUGGGUUCUCCAUCAACGUGGGGCACUGCGAGGACCGCGUCGCGCUGCACUUUAACCCCCGCUUCGACUGCCACGGCGACCACCGCACCAUCGUCUGCAACUCCAAGCUCGACGGCGGCUGGAACGAGGAGCAGCGGGUGGCAGAGUUCCCCUUCCAGCAGGGCGAGGAGUUCAAGGUGACCAUUUCCUUUGACAACGACGAGUUUCGCAUUAAACUGCCGGACGACAACGUGGUGCAGUUUCCCAACCGUCUGGGCGACGACAAGUACAAGUUCAUCUUCAUCGACGGGGACGUCCGGAUCAAAGCCUUCAAGAUAAAAUAACGGCUCGCCACGGUGGCCGCUUCGCCGCCGUUCGGCCGGCCUGCUUCCUGGCCUGGCUGCUGACGAGCGCACGAGUGCCGUUGGGCGUGUGCCUGGUGCUGCCGUGUGCUGCCGUACACGGUAAAAAACCCAUUGCACUUUUACAGUGGUGGACCUGAAGAUGGCCUGUCCUUGUGUCCUCUCUUCAGUGGUAAUUGCUCCAGAUUUCACAAUAAACGCUCAGGCGCUUAAG